AUGACAGCCGCAGCACGCUGUGCUGCUGCAGUGCAGAGUCAAACCGCUGGUGCAGCAGCAGCGCGGGCAACGGCAGCAGCAGCAGAAGCAGCAGCAGCAACGAGUGCCGCAGCAAAGCAUCCAUGGGAGCCUCUGGAAGCCAAUUCUGCAGCAGCAGACCACUCGGGGGCCGAAGCAAAGCCGCUUUCGCUGUGGUUGUGCAGCAGCAGCAGCAACAGCAGCAGCAACAGCAGCAGCAGUCACAGCAGCAGCCACAGCAGCAACAGCAGUUGCGCGCGCAAGCACAGCCGCUUACAUGGCGUGCUGAGGUGUACGUCCAGCUCCUGCGCCUCUUACUGUUACUGCAACUUACUUCUGCACCGCCAAUACUCAUGCAGCAGCAGCAGCAGCAGCAGCAGCAGGGGAAGCACCAGCAGCAGCAGCAGCAGCAGCGGAAGCAGCAUUGGAAGCAGAGUGCGCAGCUAUUCCACAGGUAGCUUGAACAGCGACAGCGAAAGCGUAAUUGGCGGCAGCAGGGGCAACGCCAGCAGCAGCAGCAACAACAACAACAACGUCAGCAGCAGCAGCGACAGCAGCAGCAGCAGCCGACGUACGGACCCAUACCUGUGUCUGGGCAUUGCAGCUGUAAGAAGGGCCCUUUCUUACGCUCUCGUCGAUGGCUCUACUUUGCUGCCUCUGCGGCUUGGGCUGUUUGACUGGUCAAUAGAAAAAGAAAUAAACAACAGCCUCACGGCGAAGACGCAGCACGUCAUGCAUGUCCUGACGCAAGUCAAGCAGCAGCAGCAGCAGCAGCAGCAGCAGCAGCAAGAGCCCAGCGACAGCAGCAGCAGCUGUCGCUGGGCACUUGGCAUUCAGUCGCCCCUGCGGCUGCCGCGCUCUGUGUCUGACCUGCAGCGGCAGCAGCAGCAGCAGCAGCUGCAGGGCUCUUUGUGUGUCUCUUUAGCUGCUGCUUUUCAAGUCCACAAGAUAUACAGCGUGGAGCCUCAGACAGCCCGACAGGCUCUUGGCAUUCGUGUGGGGCGCAGUUUGCCUUCGCGAGAAAGCCUUUUGAAAAUGCUGCGGGAAACGGUGCCGAACUUUCCCGGUGGCUGCGAGUUCAGUUCGCUGCUGAUGGCUGACGCGUGGCUUGUUGCUGUUGCUGCAAAGCGACGUUUGGACACUGAAGCAGUGCUCGAGCAGCUGCGUUCUCUUCAGCAGCAGCAGCAGUGGCCUGGUAGCGGUGAGGCAGGAGUUCGUGCUGCUGCUGCUGCUGCUGCUGCUGUUUCCCAGCAGCAACUGCAGCAGUUACUGCAGCGGGUGUCAAAGGCACCCGUGCUGGCGAAGCUGCGGGAAGCAGCAACAGCUGCUGCUGCAACAAAUCCCAAGGCUGCUCGGGAGAUGGAAGUGGUGCUGCAGAUGAAGCAGCAGCAGCUGCUGCAGCAGCGAGUGCAGCAGCUGCUCGACACACAAGAGCAGCACAUGUGGGACGUCUUCAGAGCAACGGAAGCACCAGCAGCAGCAGCAGCAGCAGGACAGGCAGGUAGCAGCAAGUCCGCCCUAAGGGGCACUGUGUGGGAACAGUGA